AUGUCAGUGGACGUGGAUCUAGUGAUGUCCUCUGCGCAGGCUAUCACGCCUACUACACUCUGGCUCUUGCAGUACCACUAUGUGAAUGAUAUUCUUGAUAGACGGGGGCCUCACCGUGCAGAACACUUGGCGGGCCUGACUCAAGCAGCAAAGGAAGGGAGCUUGGUCCUCGGCGGUGCGCUGGCCGAUCCUGUUGAUAUGGGUGUUCUCGUUUUCACCGACAAAAGUGUGGCGGAGAAUUUUGCUGCCGCAGACGCCUAUGUGAAAGCGGGCCUGGUCAAGGAGUGGCAAGUACGACAGUGGACUGUCGUGGCAGGUUCGAAGAUCUGAGGGGGAAGGGGCAUGCAACCAGAGCGACAGAAAGGAUCAUGGAAGCGAAAGAAGCAACUGCAUAGGACAAUG